AUGGUUGCAGUGCUUGAGCUUCUCACUGCGGCCGCUUCUCUGUUGAGAGCUCAGGCUCUAGGUGCAUGGGCUUCAGAAGUGGUAGCACUCAGGCUCAGAAGUAGUGGCACACGGGCUUGGUUGCCCCACAGCAUGUGGAAUCUUCCCGGACCAGGGAUCAAACCUGUGUCCUCUGCAUUGGUAGACAGAUUCUCAUCCACUGCACCACCAGGGAAGUCCCCUGCGAGCUUUUCAUCUUGUCACGCAGCCCCCAGCUCAACCUUCAUCAUCUCCAGCUUCAAAGUUUGUAACAACCUCCUUAGCAGCCUUCAGCCCAUCUUCACAGAGUACCACUUCUGGUGCCUCUCUGGAUUUUCCACCACUUCUUAUUGUUGGCCAGAGUUUCAGUCUCUUCCUGAGCAACAGCUUUCAGUUUUCUCUGAGCGUUAG